CUUCAUAGCGCAUCGGUGAUUGGUUGGUCUCACAAGGAAGAGGACGACUGAAUCUUGCAGCAAUAUGGGGCUGCUGACUAUACUGAAGAAGAUGAAGCAGAAGGAGCGGGAGGUCCGGCUUCUAAUGCUAGGUUUAGAUAAUGCUGGUAAAACCACCAUCCUGAAGAAAUUUAACGGUGAAGACAUUGACACCAUCUCACCAACUCUGGGAUUCAACAUCAAGACGUUGGAACACAGGGGGUUUAAGUUGAACAUGUGGGACGUUGGAGGUCAGAAAUCUUUACGCUCAUAUUGGAGGAAUUAUUUUGAGAGCACAGAUGGUCUGAUCUGGGUGGUGGAUAGCGCUGACCGUGCUCGGCUGCAGGAUUGUAGGCAAGAGCUGUCUGGGCUUUUACUGGAAGAGAGACUUGCUGGUGCCACCUUACUGGUAUUUGCUAACAAGCAGGAUUUGCCUGGAGCGCUGUCAAAAGAUUCCAUCAGAGAGGCGCUGGAGUUGGACAACAUUAAAAGCCAUCACUGGUGUAUACAAGGCUGCAGUGCGGUUACUGGGGAAAAUCUCCUUAUUGGUAUAGAUUGGUUACUGGAUGAUAUCUCAAGCCGCAUCUUUACAGCUGACUGAUGCCUUUUGGAACUACCUACUGUCGGGUGGGACUGGAUGAAGAACACGGAUAGCUGGUGACCCCUAAACCAUUGGACUUCUAAUAACUGUAUUUAUUUUUCUCCAGUCGCAUCGUUGCUUGGCAUUUGUAGGCUGGACAAUGCUAGAGAUGGCUAAAUAAGAGAAGAGUAGGCUUUUUAUUUUUAAUCAGAGCACCUGGGAAUGCUGGAGCAGAAAAGGAGCUUCUCUGCCAGAGAAUUGGGGUCUUUUUAGACUGACGCAGCUUAAUCAGUCUUUCAGCAACUCUUUAAAAAAAAAUCACCCAGGGCACCACAUAGUGUAAUAAUGUCUUAAUACUUAAAGAGACAUUCCAGACAAAUCUACAAUGAUGCAUUUCAGUUUUGAAUAGAAGCAUUUUUGUAAUAUACAUGUAAUAGCAAAAAUGCUUCUAAUAAAAGCUUUAGCUGUUUCAAAUGUAUAUUUAAGUAUGCACCGUGCACCAGCAUUUUAAACACAGCACUUACUCAAAAAGCCUAAGGUGCUUGUAUCAUCUGGUAACUCAAUUUGUUCAUUGCUGACAUGAUUAUAAACCCCACUGGCACUCUGAGCAGCUGCAGUAUAUAAAAUCCUGGUGCACUGAGAAUAUCUAGCUAUGCUUCACAUGCACGUGCAGACAAAAAUGUUAACAUUAAAACGGUGAUAACUUUUACUAGAAGCAUUUUUACCAAUACAUUUAUAUUGCAAAUAUGUUUCUAUUCAAAGAUCUAAUUCAUCUAUGUGCGUUUACAUUUUGACCGGAAUGUCCCUUUUAAAAGCAGUAAGAUUAGUUGCAUUGUACAUCAGCUUUUCACCUGAUUGUAGAGACGUCAAGAACUUGACAGCACUGAACAUCAGAAGUAAAGUUGGAUUCACCAUGGACUGAGCUCAGCUUUGCUUUUAUUUAUUUCAGUAUUGGUUAAAUAUAAUCUGACCGUUAAAAACAAACUUAACUUGUGUCUGAUGUCAUAAUUCUAAAACAAGUCCUCACCAAUCAGCACCAGGCUAUAAUGUAAAGGGACAUUAAUGUAUUUUUAUAUACAUGCAUAUUAUAUAUCUGCAAUUAAGCACUGAAUUGCAAAAACAAACAUUUUCAAAGUAUUUAGGCUUGGUCAGUCCACAUCUCCUAACUUUUGCCAGAUGCCACCUGGGACUGUGAGGUUUAGCCUGAGUGAGGGAGACUUGAGGGCAGAGUCAAGACAAAUGGGGCGAGGAUUUCUAAGUGUUCUAUGGUCAAACUGGGCCUGUGAUUGGUGGAGAAAACAGCGCUUACGCAAAUCCUUAGUUUGACUUCUGAAACUUACAUUUGUAAACCAGAGAAAGCUGCUGGAGUAGCCUGAAUGUUUAUUAAAAAAUGGCCUAACUUAUAUAGCUAAAAUUAGACUUUUACUGUACAGUAAGUUUCUUACCCUGUAUUGUAUUAAAAGGACAGUAAACACCUUGUACUUA